GGCUGGGACCCCGGGCGGUCGGACGGGCGGGUACCGGUCGCAACUCGGGCCGUGGCGGCUGAGAGAUCUGAAGCGCUCGGUUCCCCCCGGGCCGGAACGGGGGCGGGAGGGGGCUCAGGCCCGGGGGAUGCUGGGCUCGGUGAAGAUGGAGGCCCAUGACCUGGCCGAGUGGAGCUACUACCCGGAGGCGGGCGAGGUCUACUCGCCAGUGACCCCAGUGCCCACCAUGGCCCCCCUCAACUCCUACAUGAGCCUGAAUCCUCUGAGCGCUCCCUACCCCCCUGGGGGGCUCCCUGCCUCUCCGAUGCCCUCAGGACCCCUGGCGCCCCCAGCGCCCGCAGCACCCCUGGGGCCCACCUUUCCGGGCCUGGGGGCCGGCAGCGGCAGCGGAGGCAGCGGCUCAGGGUACGGGGGUCCGGGCCCUGGGCUGGUGCAUGGUAAGGAGAUGCCGAAAGGCUACCGGCGGCCGCUGGCCCACGCCAAGCCACCGUAUUCCUACAUCUCGCUCAUCACCAUGGCCAUCCAGCAGGCGCCGGGCAAGAUGCUGACCCUGAGCGAGAUCUACCAGUGGAUCAUGGACCUCUUCCCCUACUACCGGGAGAACCAGCAGCGCUGGCAGAACUCCAUCCGCCACUCCCUGUCUUUCAACGACUGCUUCGUCAAGGUGGCGCGCUCCCCAGACAAGCCGGGCAAGGGCUCCUACUGGGCCCUGCACCCCAGCUCAGGGAACAUGUUUGAGAACGGCUGCUACCUGCGUCGCCAGAAGCGCUUCAAGCUGGAGGAGAAGGUGAAGAAGGGUGCUGGCGGGACCUCCACCCCCAGGAACAGUGCAGGGCCGGCUGCCUCGGCCGCCGCCCCUGCUGCUACGGUCACCUCUCCCCCGCAGCCCCAGCCUCCACCCCCUGAGCCAGAGGCCCAGGCCGGGGAAGAUGUGGGGGCUCUGGACUGUGGCUCACCCCCUUCCUCCUCACCCUACUUCAAUGGCCUGGAGCUCCCCGGGGAGCUGAAGCUUGAUGCCUCCUACAACUUCAAUCACCCUUUCUCCAUCAACAACCUGAUGUCGGAACAGACGCCAGCACCUCCUAAGCUGGACAUGGGGUUUGGGGGCUAUGGGGUAGAAAGUGGGGAGCCUGGGGUCUACUACCAGGGUGUCUAUUCCCGCUCUCUGCUUAACGCGUCCUAGCGGGGGUGUGGGAGCGUGGUGGGUGGGGUAUGGCUAUAGCUCACACCAUCGGGCACUUGGGGCCUGAUCCUCCUGGUCACACUUGGCUCGCCCCGUCAGUUACCAUCUUGUUUGGUCUAUUACUGUGGUGGCUGCGGUGUCUGAGGGCAUCGGAUCCAUCCUUUGGGUACUGUGAUAACUACCAUUGACAUCUUGGUGGGCCCACUGGGUUCUACCAGGACUGCCAUGUUGAUUGACGUUAUUAGUCCAUCCAUUGGGUGCUCUGAUGGCUGCUACCUGGGAUGACAUCUCAGUUGGCCCUUUGGACAUGGUGAUGGACAUCCUCUUGGCUGACCCUUUGGAUGGGAUGGUGAUACCAUUCCAGUGACAUCUUCUUUGGCCCGUUGGAUGCUGUGAUCACUUCUUUUUUGGUUGACUUCUUGGCAUACUGGAGGGCCAGUUGGCCAUCAUUCUGCAUAACAUCUUUUUUUGGCCACGUUGGGUGCUAUGAUGGCCACCAUCUUGGUUGGCUGACAUAAACAGUGUACCGUUGUGCACCGUGACAGCUGCCAUAGCCCCUGGGUUGGCCAUUGUCAUCACCGUCUCUUUGGUGUGAGUUGAGUGAGGGAUGGAGGUGAGGCUACUCCUUGUUUUUUUCUAGAGCCCAUUCCCCCCUCUGGUCCAGGGGAAACCAGAAAGGACUGGCUAGGGUAUGGGGAAUUUCUACUGAAGUCUGGUUCUUGCCUGGGAAGCGGGAUACUGCCUGUGUUGGACCAUUAAAGGCACUGUUUCUGCCUCUCAC